AUGCUCCGUAACACUGUAGCACGUGCAGCUGUAGCAACUCACUAUCAAAUAGCUAGCCGUCGAUUACAAACAUUGUCACGAAACCUGUCCACCAUGUCAUCAGAAAUAGAAACAUCUAUUGUUAAAAAGUGCGAAUAUCUAGUCAUUGGUGGUGGAAGUGGUGGUCUAGCCUCAGCAAGGAGAGCCAGCAGUUUGUAUGGCGUGAAGACGAUACUUGUUGAAAAGAAGCGGUUAGGAGGAACUUGCGUGAAUGUUGGAUGUGUGCCUAAAAAGGUAACAUCCAAUGCUGCAUUUAUUGCUGAAACUCUACGAGAAGCAAAGGCCUACGGAUUCUCUAUUAGUACUACUCAACCCUUCGACUGGGGUUACUUUAAGCAAAAACGGGAUGCGUACAUCAAACGAUUGAAUGGUAUAUACGAAAGGAACCUAGAAAAAGAUUCCAUAGAAUACAUUCACGGUGCCGCGAGGUUCAAGGACGAUCAAAAUAGAGUUGAAGUUUGCAUGGAUGAUGGUUCCAAGCAAGUUAUUGAGGCACAAAAAGUACUGAUAGCCAAACAGCCAAAAAAAGUCGCCAUUGUUGGGGGAGGAUACAUUGGCGUGGAAUUUGCCGGUAUCUUCAACGCACUUGGUACAGAGACACAUGUAUUUAUUCGAUACGAAAGGCUCUUGAGAUCAUUUGAUCCCUUGAUACAACAGACCAUAACCGACGAGUACAAACGUGUUGGCGUAAAUAUUCACCCGCAAUGCACUAUAAGGGCUAUCAAAAAGAAUCAAGAUACCGGAAAGCUCACCAUUUACUCUGAGGACAAAGCUGGAGAGAGCAGUAAGCUUGAGGAUGUGGACCACUUGAUCUGGGCAGUUGGCCGGACUCCUGAUACCUCUGAUCUCGGUCAUGAAAAGCCUGGUAUCAAGACGAAUGAUCGACAACAAAUAGUGGUAGAUGAGUUCGAAAAUACUUCAGUGGCGAACUGUUUUGCGCUAGGUGAUGCGGUGGGUAAGGUUGAACUUACUCCUGUCGCAAUAGCCGCUGGUCGCAAGCUAAGUGAUCGACUUUUUGGCCCUGAGCAUCUCAGAGACUCAAAGCUUAAUUAUGAACUUGUCCCGUCUGUGGUCUUUUCUCAUCCCGAAAUCGGCAGUAUCGGAUUAACAGAGACGCAAGCCAUCGAAAAGUUUGGUAGCGAGUCUCUUAAGAUCUACCAAACUAGCUUUACAGCUAUGUACUAUGCCAUGAUGGAGCCGGAAGAUAAGCCGCCCACCAAGUAUAAACUCAUUUGUCACGGACCCGAGGAAAAGGUGAUAGGCUUGCACAUACUCGGCCUCGGUAGCGCGGAAAUUCUGCAGGGAUUUGGUGUCGCCAUGAAGAUGGGCGCCACCAAGGCUGAUUUCGACAAUUGCGUGGCUAUUCAUCCUACAAGUGCAGAGGAAAUAGUGACUCUGCGAUAG